AUGGAAAACAGAGAAUGCGAAAUACGAAUUUUGAACGCCACGAGCUGCACAUUUUACAGGUAUAUGCACUCAGUAAAGCAUGGCAUCUGGUUGGUGAACCCUCCGGAGUGUCUAAAGAUCAAAGGAGAAGAAAAAUGCAUCGCAAAAUUUACGAAAACGAUGGGAAACUUUUAUGGCAUUCUACAAUAUUGCGUAGUGAUAAAUAACGAAGACUACAUUUUGAACGCCCGUUUUGAUAUCCCCCUUUUGGGAGACAACACAGCGUCAGCCGUCCUAGGGAUGAAUAUAAAAAAUGACCAGGCACAAAUGUUAUCCCAGCAAAAUUACUUCAUAGUUAAACACAGUUUGGACAAUACGUAUAAUAGUAAAUUCUACAUAAGCAUUUUGGAGACGGAAGAAGGGAAGAGAUUUAUCGAAUAUCACAAAAAGAAAUUAAAAAAAGGGUUGCUCAGAAUUUUAAACAUAAGAAUUAUGGAAGAGAAGGAGAAAUUGAAGUAUGAGAAGAGUAUGAAUAAUUUGGCGAGAAGAAACGAAGGCAGCCAUAAUUACAAUUACCCGAAUGAGGAGGAUAGUGUGUUGAGGGAUAGGCUGAUUUAUAAUUCUUACCGAAAUGAAGACAUAAUGGAAAUUUUGCCUUUAAGUUUUAUAGUGAAUAUUAAAAAUUAUGAAUGGAAGAAACGGCUAAGAAAGGCACACAAAUCGUUAUACAUUUUGAUUAUCAAUUUUACCAGGCAAACAUUAACCCUAUCAGAUAGUAAAGGAUCCAGAUCGUCCAUUUUGACGGAAGGAAAUUGGGUAGAAUUACCCAAUGAGAAAAUUUCCCCUAUGAGAUGUACUGAAUUUGGUUGUAACAGUGAUGGUAUGUUUUCUAGCAUUAAUGGAUUUUGUAAAUACUAUUUUAUGAAUGAAUCUUGCUAUUUGAAUAUCUUUUGGGAUAUCAACAGUGUGAAUUCGAAGAUCAAAUGCAGCAUUAAGAAUACCACCAAGUAUACUAUAAUUAAGAAUGUGGAAAUAUUUAACGAGUGCACCGCUGUGUUUCACAUUUUGGAAUAUUACUAUUACCCGCCGAUAAAAAUUUUGGAGUGUAAGGCCUUGACGAAUAAUAUUAUUAACAAGUAUGGAAUCACAAAGGAGAAUGUAGAUGCCAAUAUGAGUGUUAUUUACCAGAGUAGCAUUAAUGUGAUUCGCCAAUUUUGCCAAUAUCUGGAAAAUAAUGCAUCGUAUGAGAAUAACUCUAACGAGGAUUUUAUGAACCCUGAGGAUUUUAGAAAGGGGAUCUGUGAUGAUGUGUACGGUUGUGAUGACGACGAUUUGAGAAGCCACGGAGGGGGGGGAUCUAACUUUACAAAUAUGACAAGUUUGACAAGCUUGACUAAUUUUGGAAAGCUUGGUAACGUUGGUGGCCUUGGAAUACUGGGCCCUUCCCCGCUGUCCAAUUUCUCCAGAAUGAAGAGCUCCCUGUCGUUGUACUCAAAUGCCGUGGAAGAGAUGAUGCACAAGUCACAGCACCUGGACAAGGCCCAAAUCACCGAUGAUAUAAUAAGCCUCAAGAAUAACAAAAGGAUUUAUGUCCUGGACAAAAACGGUAGCAACGAUAGCAGUAGAGCUAACAACUUAAAGCAUGCCGAUUUGCGGGAGUGCAUAAUGCAAGACAAGGGGUUCAAUUUGCUAAAAAAGAGAAGUGCCACCUCGAACAGUUUGUACAUAAACAGGAGACAUACAUUCACAAAUAUUAACAUCACCGCGGCGAGGGACUUCUUCUGCUACAUGCAUGGAAACAAUUACUCUAAUAACAUCCCUAUCAACUCCUACUUGUAUAUCUCCUGGAAUAUAGGAAAUAUUAUUUACAGAAAUUUGUACAACUCGAGUGAAAAUAUAAUUAUUUCUGCCCACAGUCUGUUAAGCAGCCACAACAUAAAUGAUGACGUAAUUCUCAAAUUGAAAAUUGAUGAUAAUAACAGAAGGAUUUAUCCAUCCACUUUAAUUCAUUCUCUCCUCAUGAACACACAAAGUAGUAUAUACAUUAACAAUGAGUAUGUCUUAUUAGAUAUAAUUUUAAAUAUUUUCCACCUUUUGUCAACCCACUUGUCUCCCAUGAUAGAAAGAAUUUUAGAAGCACAGUAUGGGAACAAAUGGCUAGUUGAUAGUAAAAUACCCAAAAGUAACAUCUGGGACAAAACCAAGGGGAAUAACGAAUUAGACAUUGAAGGAAUUGUUCAUAUUAUUACUACCUACUGGAUUGAUGUUUUUGAAAAAAAAAUUAAAAAUAUGGAAAUUCUUGAUAACCUACAGAAGGCGUCUAUCUUUUGGGCCAAUCAAGAGAUUGAUCAGUUUGACCAAGAAUUUGUGAAGAAGCUAAUUGAGAGCUCCUCUCUCCUGCUGAAGGUUUUUGGUGAUUACAACACGGCCAAGAGUAUUGAGAAGCUGUACUAUAACAAGUACUCCAUUUUUAAUGACAUUUGCGUGGAGUGA